CCUGAUUUUGACUUGUGCAGCGCCCUGUCUGGCCUUUGCAGCUCGAAACCCCAGCAUCAACCCCAAAAAAGUUUGAACAACUCUCCAAUCAUGCAUUUCUCGCCCGAGUGCCUCGCUCUCUUCAACAACAUGCAACGCGGCAAGGCCAACCAUCGCUUUGUCAUUUUCGCAAUGAACGACCAGGGCUGCGUUGACAUUUCCCAGCUUGGCAGCGCGACCGCCGAGUUUGACGAGUUUAUUUCGGCUUUGCCCGAGAACAAGCCGCGCUAUGCCCUGUACAACGUCCAGUACAAUGCUCAAGAUACCAGCAGUCGUGUGCUCGUUGUUCGUCACAAGCUCAUCUUUGUGCAGUGGAUUCCCGAAUCCUCCACGGGCAAGGACAAGAUGUACUACGCCAUGAACGCUCCGGGAGUGCGUCUCGCUGGCCCGAGCACCAACACUUGCGUCCAAGCCUGCAGCAUUGGCGACCUCGAUCUUGAAACGAUUACCAAGGCUGCCGCUCGCUUUGAAGCAGAUAAGCUUGUUGCCUAA